AUGGUGCGCCUCUCGUUUGCGGGCGCGGCGCUGUCGCUCAUGUCGGCAUCUCUUGCCGCGCCGACGCGACGUGCCGACGUCGUGACCUGUCUGCAGAAUGCGGGCGUGCCCACCGACCUCAUCAACAGCGACGAAUGGACACGGGACGGCACGGCAUACAACCUCCGCAUGCCGAUCCAUCCGGCGGCCAUCGCGGUGCCGGAAACGCAGGACCACAUCGUCGCGGCGGUGAGGUGCGGAGCGCAGAACGGGGUGGCCGUCAGCGCCAAGGGCGGCGGUCACAGCUACACGUCGCUUGGCUUCGGCGGCGAAGACGGCCAUCUGGUGCUAGAGAUGGACCGCAUGUACAACGUCUCGCUCGACACGGCGACGGGAGUGGCCAAGGUCCAGCCCGGGACCCGGCUCGGCCAUCUGGCGACGGAGCUAUUCAACCAGGGGAAACGUGGACUGUCACACGGCACGUGCCCCGGGGUGGGCGCCGUAGGUCACUCGCUGCACGGCGGCUACGGCAUGGUAUCUCACAAGCACGGCCUGGCUCUAGACUGGAUCGCGGGAGCGACGGUGGUGCUAGCCAAUGGCACGGUGGCACACUGCUCGCUGACGGAAAACGCCGAUCUGUUCUGGGCCAUCCGCGGCGCCGGGGCGUCGUUCGGCGUCGUCGCCGAGCUCGAAUACAACACGUUUGAGGUGCCCGCACAGCUGACCGUGUUCUCGGCGACGCUCGCCCUGACGACGACGAACGCGGCCCAGGCCCUGGUGGACAUACAGGAUUUCGGCCAGACGAUGCCUCCGGAGCUGUCGCUUCAGACGACCGUCGGCCGCGACAGCUACUCGCUGGGGGGCAGCUUCAUCGGCACCGAGGCCGGCCUACGCACGGCGUUGCAGCCGCUGGUGGAGAAGACGGGCGCCUCGCUCAGCUAUGUCGAGACCAUGGAUUGGACGGGGUACAUCGAGCACUUUGCCGGCGUCGAAGAGGUCGACAUCACCACCUCCGCCUACAGCGCCCACGACAACUUCUACGCCAGCAGCAUGACUCUGCCAGAGGUCACGCUCAGCCAGUUCCAGGCCUUUGCCGACUUCGUCGCCGACGCCAGCCAGACCGGCGACAGCUCCCAUUCCUGGUUCCUGCAGAUGGACGCCAUCGGCGGUUCCACCUCGGCCGUCUCUGCAGUCGGCAACGAUGCCACCGCCUACCCCCACCGUGACAAGGUCCUCCUCUUCCAGCUCUACGACUUCAUGGCCGACUCCAGCCGGCCUUACUCGGACUCCGGUUUCGCCUUUGUCGACGGCGUUCGCGACAGCAUCACCGGCUCCCUGUCCGCCGGCGACUGGGGCAUGUACGUCAACUACGCCGACUCCCGCCUCUCGGCUGACGAGGCCCAGGCCCUGUACUGGGGCAGCAACCUACCGCGCCUGCAGGAGCUCAAGGCCGUCUACGACCCGGGCAACCUCUUCCGCAACCCGCAGUCGGUUCAGCCGGCGACUGCGUAG